AGGAUGAUGGGGCCAGCGCCAGCCAUUUCCCCCCUCACACCUGUGCAGUGUGAUAAAGAAAGUGGAAUUCGCCCACAGCUGUGGUCUCACCAGAUAAAACUUUUAGGCGGGAAGUGACAAGCAAGCUUAAAUGUGUGGGUCUGUGUUGUUGUUUUUUUUUUCCCUUGAAGUGUUAGUUUUGAUAUUUUCAAAAAGCUUUUAGGCUGCGUGAGAAGUCAGAGCAAAUACCAAGAAGGCAUUGGGGCAAGAUGGACGUGGGGAAGGACGGAUCUCAUCUGAAGCUCCACCAGCCCCCUGAGACCCAUCCACAGCAACUUUAUGCUCCAGAUAUCAUUGGAGCUUGGAGUCUGAGAAACAGAGAACAACUGAGAAAGAGAAAAGCUGAGGCCCAAGGGAGGCAGACGUCACAAUGGCUCCUUGGAGAGCAGAAAAAACGCAAGUAUCAGAGAGCAGGAAAAGGAAAUAGAAGAGGCCGAAAGAGAAAGGAGAGUGUGGAGCAAAAGGCAGAGCCUUGCUUACAAACAGAAACACAAAGGGCGCAGGAGGUUUUGGUACCUGCUGAGGAAGAAACCGAGCAUCCUGGGAACCCUACAACCGAAGCCCUCCCCUUGGUAGCAUCCCCCACAAAAGCUGUGCCUGCAGAAACUUGUUCUGAAGUAUACCAAGGAAGCAUUCAGUGCCAAGAAAUAGCAGUACAGACCAAUUCUCAAACAUACCAACACAGGGCCAAAGCUGAAGACCUCUCUCCUGCCAUGUGCCAAGAAAUAGCAGUACUUCAACAUUCUCCUAAAAUAUGCCAAGAUAUGGCUGAACCUGAGGCGCUUUCUCCUAAAACGUACCCAGAAACAGCUGGGCCCCAAACCUAUUCUCCCAAAGCACAUGAAGAAAUGGCUGGACCUGAGGCACUCUCGCCUAAAAUGUGCCAGGAACCAACUGUGUCACAAAACCAUUCUUCCAAAGUACCUCAAGAUAUGGCUGGACCUGAGGCACUCUCUCCCAAAAUGUUCCAGGAACCAACUGUGCUUCAAGAACAUACUUUGAAAAUGUGCCAAGAUGUGGCCAGACCCGAAGUCCUAUCUCCUGAAACACACCAAGAGAUGACUGCUCCCGAAGCCUUUCCCUGUAUGACACCUGGAGAUGCUGCGGGCCCAGAAGGAUGCUCCCCAGAAGCACUCUCCCAAUCAGAUGUCCCGGAAGGCUGUCCACUUGACACAACCCCCACAACAGUCACACCAGAAAAAACCACUUCCGACCCAGAUCUGGGAAUGGCUGUGACUGAAGGCUUCUUUUCUGAAGUCCAAGAAUAUACUGUAUCUGAAGACAUUUCUACAAAAACACACCAAGAAGCCGUUGAACCUGAAUUCAUUUCUCGCGAGACUUAUAAAGAAUUCACUGUGCCUAUAGUCUCCUCUCACAAAACAAUCCAAGAAUCACCUGGGCCUGAAGGAUACUCACCUGAAACAUGUCAACCAAUACCUGAGCCUGAGAACUAUUCACUGGAAACCUGCUGUGAAAUGGCAGGGCCUGAAGACCUCUCUAUCAAGACCUGUAAGGACAGGGACGGGCCUAAACACAGCCUUCCAGAGGGAGCCCAGGAAGUAGGUGGGGCCCAAGGGCAGGACCCUGAUGCGCAGGAUAGUGAGGACGCUGGUGCUUUCUCUCAAGAAAUGGAGGAAGAAAACAAAGCCGAUCAAGACCCAGAAACUCCAGCGAGUCCACAGGGCCCUCGUGAGAUCUGUCCAGAAGACGACACCUAUAGCUCUGCUCUAUUUUAACCGUGUUCAGUGCUGAAGCUGCGGCCCAGCUCAACACAGCACACAGUGAAAUCUCUUGUGAUUCACUGAAACACUGCAGCAAUCACUAAAAUUUGCAUUGCUAAUUUUAACUUAUGGCUUUUUUUUUUCCAUUUGUAGCUCUUAUCUGAGAGAACUAACACCUUCAAGGCUCAAACACAUAGACAAUGUGUGUGUGUGUGUGUACACCCGUGUGAGCACCUAAGGGUAGGUAUUUGUAUAUGGGGGAAGACAGAGCAGAGGAAAGGCUGGGUCAUUGAUUUUUCCCCUCUAAGAAGAAAUGUAUAUUUGGUGAUUCUGAGAAGAUAGCAAUUUUUUUUGUUUGAUUUUUUUUUUUUUUUUUUUUUUGGAUUUGGUUUUUUCGAGACAGGGUUUCUCUGUAUAGCCCUGGCUGUCCUGGAGCUCACUCUGUAGACCAGGCUGGCCUCGAACUCAGAAAUCCGCCUGCCUCUGCCUCCCAAAGUGCUGGGAUUACAGAGAAGAUAGCAAUUUAAUAUGAAGACUUAGUAUUUUGAAGUAUGUAGUUUCUUGUGAGUUUUGUCAAUUAUUGAUGUUGUAACAACUUCAGAAAUUUACUCAAGCUUUACAUGUCUUUGAGUUAAUCUGAACAAUUGUUAUUCUAAAAGUUCUUGCAAGUUAUUUUGGAAUUGAUAAGUAUCAUUUAUUUCUGUGUGAACCUGGAUCUUCUAUUUCUGAACAAUUGUUAUUCUAAAAGUUCUUGCAAGUUAUUUUGGAAUUGAUAAAUACCAUUUAUUUCUGUGUGAACCUGGAUCUUCUAUUUCUAUUUUUUAAACUGUGUUUGUAAAAAUUGUACAUUAAACCAUUACUAUGGUCUUA